GUCCUCGGGAUAGAAAAAGGAUCGCCGUUGUCGUCGUACUGUCUCAAUCUCUCGUCACCAGGAUGUUAUUUAGCAGCAAUGGAGCAGUCUACAACAGUCUGGCAUUGCCGGUGAAAGUAUUGAGAAUCGCAUUGGAAUGAGCUAAAAUAAGAGCAAAGCAAAACUAGAAGAAGUAAAACAGAGACGAAGGGCAGCAGCUGUCAGUAUAUCAAAACAAACACAAAGAAACACUCGGCAGCCCUUUGUUGUCCGGCAGAAAUGUUUCCAACUCCCGUGUGUAGGGCUAUUAAAACGUCCUUCCGUUCGCUACACCUGAGUGCAACGUGCUGUACACGGCCAGUUCCGGUUCCACUUUCCUUCACGCGAUAUGAUAACAACGUGUCGAGCAACAAUGCACCACCGGUACUCGUACUGCAUGGGCUGUUUGGGUCAAAGUCGAACUGGAACAGUUUAGCCAAGGCGUUUCACAAAAAUACCAAACCCGUCCGUAAGAUAUACGCAAUCGAUGCACGUAAUCACGGAGAUAGCCCCCACACGGAUGAACAUUCGUACGACCAUAUGGUGGAGGAUUUGGUACUUCUUUACAAAACCUUGGGAAUUCAGCAAGCCUCCAUCAUCGGACACAGCAUGGGAGGCCGCGCUAUGAUGCUUUUAGCAUUAAAAUAUCCUGAACUGGUGGAAAAGGCGGUCAUUGUGGAUAUUUCGCCCACCCCCGGACUUGGUACAAGCAAUACGAACAUCCCGCUAUUCCUUCAAUCGAUGAAAAUGAUUCAAAUCUCAUCCGAUGCAACGAUUCAUCAAGCGCGCAAAAUUGCAGACGAGCAGCUGAGCCGGAUCGUGUCGGAAAAGCCAUUGCGAGAUUUUCUCAUCACAAAUCUGGUGAAAGGUGAAAAGGAAGGUGGUCAAUUUCGGUGGCGCAUUAAUCUACAGUCAUUGGAGCGUAAUUUCAAUAGCGGUGUGGCACAGUUUCCGAAUCUGGCUGAACUAAAGUUCGAAGGACCAACGCUAUUCAUCGCUGGUGGACGAUCCGAUUACGUUAAAUCCGAAGAUAUACCGCUGAUAAAGAAAUUGUUUCCUAAUUCGGACGUAACGUACGUGAAGGAUGCCGGCCAUUGGGUGCACAGCGAAAAGUCGACCGAGUUUUCUAAGCUAGUGUUGAAUUUCCUCAACUAUUAGAGGCUAUGCCAGACAGUGAUGUACGAUAGACUGUAUCCAAUUUAUCUAGUUUUGUAGCAGACGAGUAAAUUAUUUGUUAACGGGCAAUAAAUAGGUAUCAAACGAAAUAAGAUAGGGAAAUAUGCAAAA